AUGUCUGAAAAACCCAAGCAAUUCCAAUCAAAUGAAGACCCUGCUUACGAUAGUGGCAAUGAUUCAUGGUCCCCCAAAAUAAAGAAUCGUCGACGCUUUUCUGCCACUGAAGCAGCGUUGCUGGAACGACGUUAUGCAGAAGAGCAAAGUCCUUCGCAGCAUGUACUUCAAGGUUUGGCUGACCAGAUGUCUACACCGCGCAAGACAAUUACUACCUGGUUUCAAAACAGAAGAGCCAAAUACAAGCGCAGAAGUUACCGCAACAAACAAGCACCCGAGAAAGCAAAUGAUUCUCAACAGAAAACAAACGAUGGCUCUCCUGGUCAGCGGAUUUCUAGCGGAUACAAUCCUCCAGAAUACAUGUACCAGUUCCAAGACAUUUCUGGCAGCUCUUUAGAUUCAAACGAGCGAAACCAAUAUGUGUUAAAUCAGAAUCCUAGCUUGUGUGCAUGGCAGUGCUACGACCCAAGGUUGUUUGUGCAUCCCGAUCAAACAGCUUGUAUAAUUGACCCUAGUUUUGUUGGGUGCCACACACGGGAGUCCAAUACUUUCGAAAGAAUCUGUUUUCCCGGACAAUCGGAUAUAUUCACAGACUCUGUUGACUGUACUUAUGAAUGGAGAGAACAAGUAGCAUCAUAUUUGAUUUCACCUGAAGAUUCAAAGGACUGGGCUUCUGUACCAAAAGAUAUAAGUCACGCAAUCUGA